GGGGAAGAAAGGAAGAUUGGAGUUAGUCCCAGACGCACAGAGGAGCCAGUGGUGCAGCUAGUGCUGACCCAUUGAUUCUCUCCUGCGUCUCAAAUUCGGGUUGGCGCUAAGUUUACAGUGACCUCAGGAUGGCUUAGGGGGCAACUUCUUCAAUCCAAGUCAUCAUGUAUGGAAGCUGCCUUUUGGAAAAAGAAGCGGGCAUGUACCCAGGCACUCUCAGGAGCCCUGGAGGAGGCAGCACAACCGGGGUGGGUACCUCUGGGGGUAGUGGUAGUCCGCUGCCUGCCUCCAACUUCACUACGGCCGCAGCUUACCCACACUACAUGGGGUACCCUCAUAUGCCUAACAUGGAUCCUCAUGGGCCGUCGCUGGGAGCCUGGAGCUCACCCUACAGUCCGCCCAGGGAAGACUGGAGUACAUAUCCUGGGCCGUCCAGUACAAUGGGCACAGUGCCCAUGAACGACAUUACCUCAAGCUCUCCGGCUUUCGGCUCACCAGACUACAGCAAUCUGGGCCCCACCAGUGGCGCAAGCAACGGCGGUAGCCUGCCAGCCCCGGCCAGCGAGUCACUGGUCUCCAUCGACUCAGGCACCGCUGGUGCCAGUUCUCCCAGCAGGAGCCGCCACAGCCCCUACGCGUGGAUGCGCAAGACUGUGCAGGUGACCGGAAAAACCAGAACAAAAGAAAAGUAUCGUGUGGUUUACACUGAUCAUCAAAGGCUGGAGCUGGAAAAGGAAUUUCACUGCAAUAGAUACAUCACCAUCCGGAGGAAGUCAGAGCUGGCAGUUAACCUGGGCCUUUCCGAGAGACAGGUGAAAAUCUGGUUUCAGAAUCGCAGAGCCAAGGAGAGGAAGAUGAUCAAGAAGAAAAUCUCUCAGUUUGAGAACAGUGGAAGUUCCGUGCAAAGUGACUCUGGCUCCAUCAGUCCUGGGGAGCUGCCUAACACGUUUUUCACUACACCAUCUGCUGUCCGUGGAUUUCAGCCAAUUGAGAUACAACAAGUCAUAGUCUCCGAAUGAAACAAGAGCAGAGAAACAGAAGCACCCUUCCCAUUGCAGUGUCUCUCUGGCCUCUAAGAUAACAGCAAGGCAGUUGAGAUUGGAUGUAAUUCCUUAGAAGGCAGAAUUCCAAAUAAGUGGACACACAAUGAGUUGCAGAGAUUUUAGAAGUCUCUAACAUUCGGAAACUAUUCCUGGAUAAUUCCUAUUCUAUGCUGUUCUAUGUGGGCCUGGGCGGGAAGCUCAGUGAUAAGUUUUGCUACUUAAAGUCUAGACUCACAAGCCCUUGCAACUUCCUUCACAAUUUCAGAAACUUGCUUGUGAACAGAUUUUAAAACACAGUCCUGCCCAGAGGCACAUGUACACAUAUGUUCUUGUGUUUGUUAUUUGAUUCUGGGUGUCUUUAUGGUCCUUUUUAGGAUAAAGUAGGCAGACAUUUAUCUCUAGAUACCUUUUCAAGCAGUAAUUAAAAACGCCCAGUCUUCCUAACAAGCUAAUUUUAUAAGGCAGCAUCGGGGGGUUAUUAUAAAUCUAUUGCCACUGGCUAAUAAAACAAAGAUCACUUUUCCCCUCAGAUAAUACUCACCUGUCAUCAAAUACCUAAUCAUAGAACUUGGGAGAUGUAACAAUUUCAAAUCUUGUCAGAACAAUGAAAUCAGACUAGAAGAACACAGGCCAAUUUAAUUGAGUCGAUAGCAAGGCAGAUAGAUAGUCACCACACAGAAUAGCCUGCCCUCAAUCUGAAAGAGCUGCGGUUCACCACUUAGAAGUACACAAUCUGGGUUCUCAAAUGGUGCUGCAGUGAGUAGGGUGGCCUGGUGCUUUUGUGUUGGCACGGUACACUGUUCACAUAUCAAAGUGGCCAAAGAUUAGGCCUCCAGUUUUAAGACAAGGUCUCACAAUUACCUGUUUGGGAGUUGAAAAUAAGAACUGUGUCUUCCCAGUCCUUAAGAAAAUGUCAGAAAAGGAGCUUAUUCUUCUAUGGCUUCUGCUGAGGAUACAUCAAUUAGUGCUGAAAGA